AUGCCGGGGCGUUUCUCAUCCGACCAUUCUCGCUCUCUCUCGCGAUCCUCUCAAUCCCCGUCUCAACAGUAUAAUUCAACACAAGACGCCGACUCAAUGCAUCAGCGUUCUAUGUCCGGUCACUCCUCCAAUCCUAAUGUCUUCUCCGAUGAAUAUUCGCUAGAGCAAAUUGAUUCCGAACAAGCUACCCUCACUCCUCGAAGCCCAUCUGUUUCUUCAAUCGCAUCAUCCAAUACCCUCCGUUCGUCUUUCCCUCAACAACAACAAAAACUGUACAACACAACGCAAAAUGAUCUCGGGGUAACAGAGAAUCCAUUUGGUGAUGAUGCUCGGGUCUCUUUCGAUGAAUCACCAAAUCGGUCGAGUCUGCCCCCAAAGGGGGUCGAUUUCACCAACCGCAACUCUACCGCGUCCACUAAUACCGCCCCAUCCAUAGCACAGCGCAGUCAGAGCACUUCGUCCCGAUUUUCCAUGCCGCCCCGGGCUCUGAGUCCUUACACUGGGGCUACAGGCCCGAGCCAUCCGUAUGCGAUGUAUCCACAGGUUGGGGUUAGCCGUUCACCCAGUAUCGCGACUACGUCUACAGUACGGCCGAUGGAGCGACCGUUGGGCGACUCCAAUGCACCCCAGCAUCCCUACGCGAUGUACCCACAAAAUGUGGUAGCAGAAGAAGAGAUGGACAAUGCUAUGAUUCCCCCGGUGGGCUUUCCCGGACACCCUCAGGCAUAUCAACGACCUCCCAAUCGUGCCGAUGACGACGUAGGGGACUUGAUCGGGCCUGAUGGCCAUACAGAACAGCUGCCACCCUACUCGCGGUAUCCCGAUCCUGUUGUUCCCAAGGUUGAGGGUACUUUUGAUCCUACUCCUGACGCAGGCGUCACUCUACACGAUAAUACUCACAGUCCCAAUGAACACCCCCCGCCGCCAGUUUCGGAAGUAUCGUCGAGAACCUUGGUCGCGGAAAAUGUGACGAAUAGAAGAGAUAAUGAUGAAGAGCGGGAAGCCGCAGCACCAGUUACCGGUGUGAUGGCAUUUGAGGAGAAGCUUAAGACUAAAGGUAAAAAGAAGGCAUGCUGUGGAUUACCGGUCUGGACCCUUGUUUUAGUCGGUGUCGUGAUGCUGGUGGGAGCAUGCAUUGGAGGUGUCAUCGGAGGUGUUUUGGGAGCCAAAAAGGCAGCGAAUGAGGAGAACGAGCACCCGAAAGGUCCGAAGAUUGUCACCAAAACCGAAACCCCCCGGAUGGACGCCACCCCCAUAUCCACGAUUCCUACAAAUUUACCAGCUGCGCCUACUGGGAAUUACUGGAUUCCUGCGAACCCAAAGAAUUCAUCGAAAUUUUGUAUUGUCGAGCAAGAUUACAACCCAUCGUGGAAUUGCAUGAAGUCGGGAAAAAUACCUGUGUCCGUGACCGGGACAGAAUCAUCGCGUAACAUCACCUUCGCCAGUGAGCCGGUUUCUUCGUCUUUCACUUAUGGCGCUCAAGCACCGUACUUUUCCAAUCCGACGCAGUCACUUAGCCUAAUGAUGGAUUCCAGCGACCUCAGCCUUGGUCCCGCCCUGACUUUCUUUUCCUUAUUUGAUAAACUGGUCAUUGUACCCCAGGAUACCUUCUCAUCUAGUUCAGUUUCAAAACGUGCCGUCGGUGAGGAUGAUGUCAUGGCAGGCGCAUUCCAUCGCUUGCAGACGGUGCGGGCGGGCGACAAACCCUGGUUUUGCUGGUGGAACAGCACCGUGAUGGAGUUUUUCCUGUACCUCAAUCAGUCCACUAAGGAGGCUCAAUACAGUUCCACUUCGACACACCUGCCGUCUUCUCAGGCUACGGAUUCUUCGAGCUCCUCGGUAGCUAAUUACCCUCUUCGAAUCAAAAUGGACGAGAAGAGAGAUUACCCAGAGGCCCAGUCGCCUUAUUGUCAGCAGAUGCAAGUGCUGGACAACGGCUCCAUUAGCCCCGUUUCCCAACAAACGAUUCAAAUCAAGGAAUUGGAGCCGACACCGACGACAACGCUCAAAUACUCUGCGAGUGCGACACAGACUUACACGGCGACCGCACAGUAUGAGCAUGUGUGCUACUGUGUCGCAUUGACGGAUUAG